AAAAAUUGGUCGUUGGUUUACCAGCUAAGCACCGUGUUCCAAAUGCGGCUCUAAAUUGUCUUUUUAAUAUAUUGUAAUACACAUGGUUUCUGGUUGACUAAUAUAAAACGUUGUAUUUAGUUAUAAAAUAUUAUUGCUAGGCUAUCGUGGAGUAGUAAUAUAACAAUGAACUGUGCUGUGAUUUAAUGAAGUGAUACUGCAGUUUUGGAGGUAAAAUGCCCGCUUCCAUUUGCGACCCAGUAUCUAGCGCAUUGCGUUUAUCAUUAAGUGCUGAAGAUUCUCAAGGUUCAUCUUUAUUAGAUAGUAGACUUUAUUCAUCAGCUAAAAGUGUCCUAUUAACUAAAAUUGAUUUUGAAGAAUCUGGAGAUUUUAAAAGCAAUGUACUCGAUGGUCUGAAGUCUAAGUACGUGGUGAUUCGAUCCAAAAAACCAGUGCUGGAAAAUAAACUUCUUAAGAAAGAAGGGAUUUCUGGAAACCAUGCUUCUGAUAACAAUAAGAAUGGUGAGGAUGGUUUACCAAAACCCAAGCGAAUUUUGUUUCCCGUUGAAAAAGUACAGUUAGGAUGGCAGUCCCCUUGGGCUGCUGGAGCUGGCAUGCAGAAUGUUGGUAAUACUUGUUACCUAAAUUCUACACUACAAGCCUUAUUUCAUGUACCUGCUUUAGCCAACUGGCUGGUUUCAGAAGCACCACAUGCAGAAAAAUGUAAUCAACAAGAAGCCUGUGUAAUGUGUGGAAUGCGUGCUACACUGAUGGCCACACAGAAAAGUGGUGGAGCGCCUAUUAAACCCUGGCAAGUCUAUUCUAAGUUACGUCUUAUAUGCAAACAUUUAACACCUGGUCGUCAGGAGGAUGCUCAUGAGUUCCUUAGAUAUUUGGUAGAAGCCAUGGAGAAGUGCUAUUUGUCAAGAUUUGUGAAUACUGAAAAGUUGGAUCAAUAUAGUAAAGAAACAACGCCCUUGAAUCAAAUACUUGGAGGAUAUUUGCGCUCCACAGUUCGUUGCCUUGCAUGUCAGCAUCUUUCUACUACUUAUCAGCACUUUCAGGAUCUGCUCUUGGAUAUUAGAAAGCAUUCAACAUUAGACGAGGCUUUAGAUUCUUUUUUUUCAAGAGAAAGACUUGAAGACCUAGGAUAUAAAUGUGAAUCAUGUAAUAAAAAGGUAUCGGCUACAAAGCAAUUCUUUAUAGAGCGUGCUCCCAUGGUCCUUUGUAUUGCUCUGAAGAGAUUCUCAUUAGCCGGAGGCAAGCUAUCCAAACAUGUGCAAUUCCGAAAGAAGAUUACACUCAACAAAUAUAUAUAUAAUAAAAAUAUUCAUCAACAAUUGUCAUACAAAUUAGUGAGUCUAGUAACACAUCUUGGUCCAUCGCAGAAUUGUGGCCAUUAUACAGCUAUAGGUCAAGCACCAAACAGUAAUUACUAUCAGUUUGAUGAUAGUAGUGUCCGACCAUUACCACUAUCAGCUGUGCUUGGUACAAAUUCUUACAUUAUGUUCUUCGAAAAAGAUAAUAUUGCUGAUGACAUGUCUGUUCCCACUGCAUCAACUUCUAGUGCUGUAUAUGGCCCUCAGUUGCCGGAAAAUAUAUCCAACAGAGAAAAGAGUCCUCUUAAGUUGACAUUUUAUAGAAAUGAUGAAAAGAAACCAAUAACUCUAAAUUCAAGUAACACUGAAGCAUACAAAUCUGAAAAUAAACCUAUAAUAUUAAAUACUACACUAAGUAAGUCCUCUGAUUCAGCCAAUUCCAAUUCUGAGCCCUGGGUUGUUAAACAGAAUGGCGAAGUUGAAAAAGUGACACAGAUUCCAAAAAUAUUGAAUGGUAAUGAUAAGUCUAUUUAUAAAAUAGAGGAAGAUAAAAAAAUAAGCUUUGUAAUAAAAAGACAAAGCAGUGACGAGAGUCAUAUAAAAUCGAAAUUGUUAAAAAGUGACACUGAUCAUAGAACUUGUAAUACUUUGAAGAUUCCUGAAAAGUCUACAUUAAUAAAUAAACUUACAAAACCACAAAAGUCACCCUUAGAAAAAUUGGAAGAACAAAUGAAUAAGAGUGACUCGUCAAAUCAUAUUCAUAGAAAUGGUAAUUCAAAUUCAAGACUAGUUCCUUAUGAUUCCGAAUCUAGUGGAGAUGAACGUACCGAAAGAUUGAUAGAAGAUAGAUUGAAAAAAGAUGGUUCGAAUCAGGAAGGCCAUAAACCAAAGCCAAGUCGGUGUGACUCACCACAAAGUCUUAUCGUCACUACAAAGGGCAUGCAUCAUGCUUGGACUGUAUCUAAAGAGAAGAGUGGCCCUCUGCUAAGUCCUAGUCUAAACGGUGUUACUAAUAAAAAAGUCCAAGAGAAGGAAGAACGGCGUGCUGAGAGCGAAGAAAGUGUUAAUACUAGUGUGAGUAGUAUGUCGCCAUUGAGCGACCGUAGCGAGCAUGCGCCAGCCGUGGCGGCGGCGGGGCCUGCUGCGGGGACCGGGCCCGUGGCGGGGACGGGCUCCACGGCGGGGACGGGCCCCACGACGGGGACGGGCCCCACCGCGGGGACAGGACCCGCGGCAGGGACGGGGCCGGCUUCGGGCCAGGCGACACUGCUGCAGGGGGAGGCGGCUCGUCACCUUAACUCUUUUUCCCAUCGCGGCUACGGGGCCCCUGUGACUUCAUGGAAUGGCACCCAAAGUGUGCUAUCCCGACAGGUAUUUGAAGAGAGGCGUGAGGAGCGGAAACGUGCUCUCGAAGCUACCGAUGAAAUGGAUCGUGGUCGUAGUAAGAAAAUGAAAAAGUUUCAUCAUUACAACCGAUUCAAUAACAACAGGAAUGGAUAUAAUCCUUUUCAGGAAAGACAGAAUAGACCACAUUGGGGAGGGAAUUUCAAGCAUCGUGCUGAACGACGCCCUCCACAUCAUUUUAAUAAACAUCACAGCAACAACAAAUACAAGCAACGUUUCAGCAGAUAUAACAACGGUCACCACUACUCCAGACACCAUUGACCCCGGUUGGUUGGUGUCUCCUUAAGUGUAUAUAUAGAUAGUAUAUUGGUUUAAUGUUUAGUCAAUCUAUUGUAGUAAGCAUGUUAUGGUGAAAAUAUUUAGGAUACUAGCUUAUAAGAUGUUUCUGACCUCCACAUUACUGAUUAGCAGAAAGCUCAUAAAUUAGUAGUGGGGAUUCAUAAUAUAUUAACAAAUUAUGUAACAUAGAACUUGAUCGCCAGCCUUUAUAUGUGUAACUUGAGAAUUCCGUGUAAUGCAUUAUUUUUUAAUUAAAGCUAUACAAGUUCGCUCUGUAUUAUUGUUAUAAUAAUAAAAUAUUAUAAAUUUGUAUCAAUAGUUAAUAUUAUAAUAUAGAAUAUAAAAAGUUUAUUAAAUAGUAUCAAUUGUCUGCAGAUAGAAAGGACACUUUAAAAGAACUCGUACGGCUCUGAAUCUACUAUUGCUUGCUAGUAGUUUUUCCUUUGGACGAAUGACACGAUACGUUGAAGUUAGACUAAUUACUGACAGUGUUGUAUAUAUUUUUUUUUUAAAAACAUUCGAUAUUGAAGUGAUCUGCUGAUUUUUAAAACUUUGGAACGUAACGAAUUACAUAUAUGUAUUAAAUUAUUUUGAACUGAAAUUGUAAUUCGUAGAUAGUCAAUGUCAAAAUUAUAAUGGCCGAUUAAUGUUACGAUAUGUAAUGAUAUAUUGGUGUUUUGUAUAUGUGUAUAUUAUCAGCUAAAAACUACAGAAACAAUAUGAAACUGAAUAGUUACAUUUUAAUUAAGUGCCUAUUUUCGUUUAAACAUGUAUGUUCUUAAUUUUACCACUUAUACAAUUAUUGUAAUCGUGAUUAUUAAAAAUUCAUAGUUUCAGUUACUAUGUUUUAUAACUGUAAUGAAUAUUAUGAUUGUUUUAGAAAGAAAAAUGGUAUAAAUACUGUCCAUUAGUAUUUAUACCAUUUUUCUUUCCACAAAAAUUAUUAUUAUUACCAUAAGAUUUAAUCAUAAUCCAAUGGUGUAUGUGUAGACUGAUACAAACAGUAAGUACUAAUGUUCUUUAUCGAAUAAACAAACUGAAUGGUUGAAAGGGUGGCCGGGAUUAAGACCGUCUUAGUGAUAAAUUAACGGCGUAUUUUGUUUAUGAUAUUUACAAAUGUAAUUUUGCCAGUAUCGCGUAUUUUAAUUUGUAUAAAAGGUAGAGUCGAUUUUAACGACUUUGUUCAAUACAUAGAACGUUGUAAUUUUAUUAAUUUCAUAUUCGAGAACUCCAGGAUUUAUUUAUAUGUUUGGUUGUAAUUUAAGCAGUCCUACUUGAGCCCUUUGCACUUCUCAUUCCGUUCUUUCAACAUGUAGGGAUGGAAAGGGUGCCGUAUGGGAAGAUGAUCAGAUCAUGGUAUUUCCCGGUAAACAUAAUCUUUUGAAUUUCUUAGAAUUCUGUAAUUGCAACGGUUGUGUUCGCUCCGUUGGAGCAGCACUCAUGGAGCAUAUCUUUAAUUUUCUGUCAGCGGACUUUAGGUAGGAUUUAAACUUGAGGCAGCGUCCUUGAGAGGUCCUGAAGCAAGAUCUAGACCGGAUACAAUUCUUGCCUAAACAAUGACACUGGCACUUAU